AUGGAAGACAGAAUUAAGAGUGGGAUUUUAAAAGGCGAGCAGUCUCGGCAACCCAUGUGUGGUAAAGAGGAUGAUAAGUCCGUGGUGGGAGUGGGACAUAGCAAGGAAGAGGAAACAAAUCUGUUUUCUAUGACUUGUGGAGUUGGGGAGAAAAGCGACGAAGUGGAGUCUCGAUCCUUGCAAAGCGAAAGCCAAGCGAACUCGGCCCUCAAUUCCAUCAGCUGCCAGGUAAUCGCCACAUCUUCUUCUGAUUUGUCGCAAUGUCAACGUCUGAGUUUUGCCGGUGAAGAAGAACUAGAGGAAAUUGUAGAAAUGGAAGAAGCGGAGAUUCUUGCAGAGCAGAGUCAUUUGUGCAGCAUCUGUGGGAAAGAGUUCCGGCGAGCAGGGAAUGUGCGCGUUCACAUGCGAUCCCACGGCGAGCAAUACAAAACUAGAGAAGCCCUCGUAUCCAUUUGCAGCACGGCCAAGGUCGGAAGAUCAUAUUACUCGUGCCCCUUCCAAGGCUGCAGGCACAACAGGCGUCAUCCCAAUUUCAAGCACUUGAAAUCCGAUGUAUCCGUUAAGAACCAUUACAGAAGAAGCCACUGCGCUAAGAUUUAUGCCUGCAAUAACUGUGGAAAGGAGUUUUCUCUCGUGGGAGAUCUCAAAUCUCAUGCAAACAAGUGCGGGCGUAGCUUAUGGCGCUGUUCCUGCACACUUACCUUUUCAACCAGGAACAAGCUCCUUCGCCACGUGGGCAAGGGAGGCCAAGGCCAUAAGCGCCUUCCCAAUCAUUCUGAUAAAACUCCCCAACAUUCUGUCCAAGACCUUAAUGAUUUAUCUAUUUCAACAGAAUUCCCGCCUGGGCAUGGCAGCGAUAAAGAUGUCUUAAUGAUGGGUGUAGGGUGCAACGACAUACAACGACAAAGUGAAUACGGCUAUGACACGAUCGAACAGAGUGACUUUACUUUCUCAAGCGAAGAUAGUGAAGCAAGCAAAUUCUAUGCGUCUCUGUUUCGCAACCAUGCGGAUCCCCUUUGGCCCUAA